AUGGCAGCAUCUAAUGGUGGAGCUAUGUUUAUAAAAGUUGUUAAUUGUGAGGGUGAGACCAAGGACAAGUAUCAUAUUGCCAAAUUAAUUAGUCAAGUGAUUGAUGAAGUGGGCCCUAAUAAUGUAAUUCAAGUAAUUACUGACAAUGCUCCUGUUUGCAGUGCAGCUGGAUCAAUUAUUCAAGGUUAUUAUCCGAAGAUCAUUUGGACACCUUGUGCAGUGCACACUCUUAAUCUUGCUCUUAAGAACAUUUGUGCUGCGAAGGAAAUUAGAGUUGCUGCAUAUGCUUAUAAUGAAUGCCAUUGGAUCACUACUGUGAUUGAUGAUGUAAUGUUUGUGAAAAAUUUCAUCAUGAAUCAUUCUAUGAGAUUAGCUAUUUUUAAUGAGUUUGUACCUUUGAAGCUACUUUAUGUUGAAGAUACACGCUUUGCAUCUGCAAUUGUUAUGCUAAAAAGAUUUAAACUUAUAUAUCAUGGUCUCCACACAAUGGUUAUAAGUGAGAAAUGGGCUCCUUACAAGGAAGAAGAUGUUGGGAAAGCAGCUCUUGUAAAGGAAAAGUUGUUGAAUGAUAUUUGGUGGGAUAAGAUUGACUAUAUACUCUCAUUCACAUUGCCUAUUUAUAAGAUGCUUAGAUUUUGUGACACCAAUAAGCCAUGUCUACAUUUGGUUUAUGAGAUGUGGGAUUCAAUGAUUGAACGAGUGAAGGCAUCCAUCUAUAGGCGUGAAGGGAAGUCAGAAAAUGAAGAGUCGUCCUUUUACUCUGUAGUGCAUCAAAUAUUAGUGGAAAGGUAUUAUAAGGGGAUGUGGCUUCAUGAAAAUCCCAUUUGUGUUCCUCCUCACAAAGAUAUUGAAAUUUCUGAGAUGAGAAUCAAGUAUUUUAAGAGAUACUUUCCUGAUUCAGAUGAGAGAAGGGUUGUUAAUACAGAGUAUGCUAAGUUUUUAGGUUGUUUAGAAAGUUUUGAAGACUCUAAUUCAAUUUGUGAUAAAGGAGUAAUAGAACCAGUGGUUUAG